AUGUUCCUCAGCUGGUUUUGCCACAAGUUCACAAUUUCCAUAUCCCCAGUCCAAAACGUCUCACUUUGCACUCCAGCACCAACCACGAGCAGUCACGUACUCUACAUCCUCGUGUUCCAUAUGCUACACCCCAUCACGAAGCUUCACGGAAAAGAGCUUUUUGACGUCUGGCGUCAGUGUAUACUAUGUCACCUCAUUUUGUGGAAGGAAGGAGUCUAUCAUCGAGAUAUCAGCCUUGAAAACUUGAUGUGGUACAGGAAAAACGGCAGACUGAUCGGUGUCUUAAACGACUACGAUCUAUCCUCGUUGGCGAAUGCAUUGGGUCAUCAGGGAAACGAGCGUACGGGCACGGUACCGUUCAUGGCGCUCGACCUUCUCACCAAAGAGGGUCAACAAGGCAAAGUGAAACACCUAUAUCGCCACGAUUUGGAAUCGUUUAUGUGGGUUUUCGCCUGGAUUUUCUUGCGUUAUAGGCAGGGAGUCCUACUGCAGAGAUCGCGCCCUCUCGACGGGUGGGCGACUUUGGACGCUAUUGCGUGUGGCGAUAAGAAGUCAGCCUUCCUGAUGGGUUUUAUCAAAUAUCGACCCCCGGACCUCCAAUCGACCAUAGAUAUAUCCUUAUGGGCUCUCCUUGUGGGCUGUUUCCGGGUGCUCCAGGCAGCUAACUCCAAUCGCAUUGAUGACAUGUGCCAUAACCUCGAAGUUGAGCUGGGAUGGACGGAAGGAACAUACAAGCAGAUAGAUGCCGAGGAAACAGCAUCGGAUAUGGAUGAUUUACUAGGCAAAUUCACAGGUACCAGGGAGUGGGUUAAGCUCAGCAACACUUUACCUCUAUAG